AUUCUCUUUGUGGCCAGAUGGGUUUGUAUGGACAGGCUUGUCCAUCUGUAACUUCAUUAAGGAUGACAUCUGAACUGGAGAGCAGCCUAACAUCUAUGGACUGGUUACCACAGCUUACCAUGAGAGCAGCCAUCCAAAAAUCUGAUGCUACACAAAAUGCACAUGGAACGGGAAUUUCCAAGAAGAAUGCACUCCUUGACCCAAAUACAACCCUGGACCAGGAAGAAGUCCAACAGCACAAAGAUGGGAAACCUCCAUACAGUUAUGCCAGCCUCAUUACAUUUGCAAUUAAUAGCUCACCCAAAAAGAAAAUGACGCUAAGUGAGAUUUACCAGUGGAUUUGUGAUAACUUCCCCUAUUAUAGAGAGGCUGGCAGUGGUUGGAAGAAUUCCAUACGACAUAAUCUGUCGCUGAACAAGUGUUUCCUUAAAGUGCCUCGAUCCAAGGAUGACCCCGGAAAGGGGUCCUACUGGGCAAUAGACACCAAUCCUAAGGAAGAUACGCUGCCUACUCGGCCAAAGAAGAGAGCACGAUCUGUAGAACGGGUAACAUUAUACAACACUGAUCAGGAUGGUAGCGAUAGCCCACGCAGUAGCCUUAACAACAGUCUCUCAGACCAGAGUUUGGCAUCUGUUAAUUUGAACAGUGUUGGAAGUGUGCACAGUUAUACACCAGUGACAAAUCAUCCAGAACCAGUCUCUCAGUCAUUAACUUCUCAACAGCAGCCACAGUACAACCUUCCAGAACGAGACAAACAACUGCUUUUCUCAGAAUAUAAUUUUGAAGAUCUCAGUGCCUCAUUUCGGAGCCUUUAUAAGUCAGUUUUUGAGCAGUCACUUAGUCAACAAGGUUUGAUGAACAUCCCUUCCGAAUCUUCCCAGCAGUCCCACACUUCGUGUUCCUAUCAGCACUCUCCUAGCAGUACAGUGAGCUCUCACCCACACAGCAACCAAAGCAACCUGUCCAACAGUCAUGGUAGUGGCCUCAACACCACGGGCAGUAAUUCGGUUGCACAAGUCUCGCUGUCCCACCCCCAGAUGCACACACAGCCGUCUCCACAUCCGCCCCAUCGACCGCAUGGUUUACCACAGCAUCCGCAGCGUCCCCAGCAUCCAGCACCUCACCCACAGCAACACAGCCAGCUCCAGUCCCCUCAUCCCCAGCACCCUUCUCCACAUCAACACAUGCAGCACCAUUCGAACCAUCAGCAUCAGACGUUAACACAUCAGGCACCCCCACCCCCACCCCCACAACAGGUAUCCUGUAAUUCUGGUGUUUCCAAUGAUUGGUAUGCAACACUUGAUAUGCUGAAAGAAAGCUGUCGAAUUGCCAGCAGUGUUAACUGGUCAGAUGUAGACCUUUCACAGUUCCAAGGUUUGAUGGAGAGUAUGAGACAGGCAGAUCUCAAGAACUGGUCUUUAGAUCAGGUUCAAUUUGCUGAUCUCUGUUCUUCUCUGAACCAAUUCUUUACACAAACUGGCCUUAUCCAUUCACAGAGUAAUGUUCAGCAAAAUGUCUGUCAUGGUGCCAUGCAUCCAACAAAACCUUCCCAGCACAUUGGAACAGGAAAUUUGUACAUAGACUCCAGGCAAAAUCUCCCUCCUUCGGUGAUGCCACCCCCUGGUUAUCCUCAUAUCCCACAGGCACUCAGCACUCCAGGAACAACGAUUACAGGCCAUCACGGAGCCAUGAACCAGCAGCACAUGAUGCCUUCCCCAGCCUUCCAGAUGAGGCGCUCUCUGCCUCCAGAUGACAUCCAGGAUGACUUUGAUUGGGAUUCAAUUGUGUAGAGCUUGUUUCUGCAAGGCACCAGACCAGUGAAGGGAAAGGUUUAAGAAAAUCCAGUUAAGAAAGUUGCUAAUCAUUUUACCAAUGUUAUUGAAAUUUCUUUUGAAGACAAUCAAAAAGAUUUUAGCUGGAUAACUUACUGCUUUUAUCUGACCCAAACAAGUACUACAUGUUUGUCUCCCUGCCAGCUGCCCUCUGUAGCUCCUAACUGUUGUGUGAUUUGAACAGCUUUUGCAUAUUUGUGUCAAUUUGAUGUUGACCACAAGUGCCAGACUGAUUUUUUCAGACAGAGCCUAUUUUGCUGCAAGCAGUUUAUAGAUACAUAUGUGUAAAUAUAUGUACAAAAUUUACCGAAAGGCUUCAAUUUUUUUCUAAUUGGAUUAUUACAUCUUGAAAGUUACUGUGAGUUUUUAUUCCUUGUUAGGCUGUUUUCUGCAGGAUGCUUUUAACUGAUGUAGGCAACUGAAAAGAAAUAGGUUUUUUCAAAGCCCAGUUUCCCCUUAUUUAAUCUUUUUCAGAAAUGUGAGUAUUGAGUUCUACCCAGUAAGUCAAAGAACCCAGAGUUACUCUCCAAACAAUCCAAAGGGGCAUGUUGUUCCUGAGCAGCAUAAAGAACUGACCAAAUUUUUUUGAUGGUCAGGGAUUAUAGAGUUUAUGUUAUACCUUAUCAAUGUCUGUUUUCCUAACUCUGCCUUAUCUGCCUUAUAACAACUCUAAAAUUUAUUUGAUUGAUUAAAAGCUGAGCAUUGCGUAGCUCUUUAAACAAGUCAAUGCCUCCACUUCAUUUAUAUAUUUAUUAUUCAAAAGUGUUAUUUUAGUAUUUAUUGCUACCUUCUGUGAACGCUCAGCUUAUUGGGUUCAUUAAGGAGAAACGCCGUGUCUGAAAGCACAGAAUUAUUUUUCUUGAUAAAGAGUUUACAAGCAAGACAGAUUGUUAUUCUCUUUAUCGUCAUUCUUUAUACCAUGCGAGUAUAUUUCUCUA